AUGAACAACAACAACUACUACGGUUCCCCGCUGUCUCCUGAGGAGCUUCAGCAUCAAAUGCACCAGCACCACCAGCAGCAACAGCAACAACAACAGCAGCAGCAGCAACAAAAUACCAAUCAACAUCGCAAUGCCGGCAUGAUGAAUACGCCUCCAACUACAAAUCAAGGAAACAACACGAUUCACGCUUCAGAUGUAACCAUGUCAGGAGGAAGCGACUCUCUUGACGAAAUCAUCCAGCAGAACCUCGACGAAAUGCAUCGAAGGCGGAGUGUCCCCCAGCCCUAUGGGGGCCAGAAUAGGAGGUUGUCCAUGUUUGAUUACGCGAACCCCAACGAUGGUUUCUCAGACUAUCAACUCGAUAAUAUGUCAGGAAAUUAUGGGGACAUGACUGGCGGCAUGGGCAUGUCAGGCCACUCGGGCCCGUAUGCAGGGCAGAACAUCAUGGCUAUGUCGGACCACAGCGGUGGAUACUCGCACAUGUCGCCCAAUGUUAUGAGCAACAUGAUGACUUAUUCCAACCUCAACAUGUACCACUCUCCCCCGAUCGAGAACCCCUAUUCUUCGGCCGGACUCGACACUAUUCGCACCGACUUUUCCAUGGACAUGAACAUGGAUAGUGGCUCCGUCAGCGCAGCCAGCGUUCAUCCCACCCCUGGGCUUAAUAAGCAGGACGACGAGAUGAUGACCAUGGAGCAGGGCUUUGGUGGAGGUGACGAUGCCAACGCCUCUCACCAGGCCCAACAAAACAUGGGCGGUUUGACUCCGGCCAUGACUCCGGCCAUGACCCCUGCAAUGACCCCGGGUGUCAGCAACUUCGCACAAGGCAUGGCUACACCAGUCUCACAGGAUGCGGCAAGCACGCCCGCGACAACCUUCCAGUCUCCGUCCUUAUCCGCAACAACACAGACAAUACGAAUUGGGCCGCCGCCACCGCCGAGCGUCACCAAUGCCCCCACCCCAGCGCCAUCUACCUCAACCCCGUCAGGUGGAGGAGCGUCCCAGACAAAGAGCAUUUACUCCAAAAGCGGUUUCGACAUGCUGAGGGCGUUGUGGUAUGUGGCGUCGAGGAAGGACCCAAAGCUCAAGCUCGGUGCCGUGGACAUGUCUUGUGCGUUUGUCGUCUGUGAUGUAACACUCAACGAUUGCCCCAUCAUUUACGUGUCCGAUAACUUCCAGAACCUUACGGGCUAUAGUCGCCAUGAGAUUGUCGGGAGGAACUGCCGCUUCUUGCAGGCCCCCGACGGUAAUGUGGAGGCUGGCACCAAGCGCGAAUUUGUCGAAAACAACGCCGUAUAUACGCUCAAGAAGACCAUCGCGGAGGGCCAGGAGAUUCAGCAGAGUCUGAUCAAUUAUCGGAAGGGCGGCAAGCCUUUCCUCAAUUUGUUGACCAUGAUUCCCAUUCCCUGGGAUACCGAAGAAAUCCGUUAUUUCAUUGGAUUUCAGAUCGAUCUCGUGGAAUGCCCUGAUGCCAUAAUCGGCCAGGAAGGAAAUGGGCCCAUGCAGGUCAACUAUACCCACAGCGAUAUCGGGCAGUACAUCUGGACGCCACCUACCCAGAAGCAACUGGAGCCUGCCGACGGCCAGACUCUGGGCGUUGAUGAUGUUUCGACACUUUUGCAGCAAUGUAAUUCGAAGGGUGUUGCAUCCGACUGGCACAAACAAUCCUGGGAUAAGAUGCUUUUGGAGAAUGCAGACGAUGUUGUCCAUGUGUUGUCGCUCAAGGGUCUCUUCUUAUACCUAUCUCCGGCCUGUAAGAAAGUGUUGGAGUACGAUGCCAGCGACCUCGUUGGGACCUCGCUGUCCUCGAUUUGCCACCCGUCCGACAUCGUGCCGGUGACGAGGGAGUUGAAAGAGGCCCAGCAACACACUCCAGUCAAUAUAGUCUUCAGAAUUCGGAGAAAGAACAGUGGUUAUACCUGGUUUGAAAGUCACGGAACAUUGUUCAACGAACAGGGUAAGGGUCGCAAGUGUAUCAUUCUUGUGGGGAGAAAACGCCCCGUUUUUGCUCUACACAGAAAGGACCUCGAACUCAACGGCGGUAUUGGUGACAGCGAAAUUUGGACCAAGGUCUCGACAUCAGGCAUGUUUCUGUUCGUUUCAUCGAAUGUCCGGUCGCUCCUGGAUUUGCUCCCGGAGAACCUCCAAGGUACCAGCAUGCAAGAUCUCAUGCGCAAGGAAUCCAGAGCCGAGUUUGGGAGGACGAUAGAGAAAGCUAGAAAGGGCAAGAUCGCGAGCUGCAAGCACGAGGUGCAAAACAAGCGUGGCCAGGUGCUCCAGGCCUAUACAACAUUCUACCCCGGAGAUGGUGGUGAGGGUCAAAGGCCAACGUUCUUGUUGGCGCAAACAAAGCUGUUGAAGGCGUCAUCAAGGACACUAGCUCCCGCGACCGUAACGGUCAAGAAUAUGUCUCCGGGCGGUGUCCCUUUGUCGCCAAUGCAAGGGAUCCAGACCGACAGUGAUAGUAACACUCUCAUGGGCGGGAUGUCGAAGUCGGGAAGCAGCGAUAGUACGGGGGCCAUGGUCUCAGCUCGUAGCAGUGCAGCACCCGGCCAGGAUGCGGCUUUGGACGCCGAUAACAUAUUUGACGAACUCAAGACAACGCGUUGCACCAGCUGGCAGUACGAGCUAAGGCAAAUGGAGAAGGUGAAUCGCAUGUUGGCCGAAGAGCUGGCGCAGCUUUUGUCUAACAAGAAAAAACGGAAACGAAGAAAGGGAGGAGGUAACAUGGUGAGGGACUGUGCAAAUUGCCAUACGAGGAACACGCCCGAAUGGCGGCGUGGGCCAAGCGGGAAUCGAGAUCUAUGCAACAGUUGUGGGUUGAGAUGGGCAAAGCAGACUGGGCGCGUAUCGCCGCGCACCUCAUCCCGAGGUGGGAAUGGUGAUUCGAUGAGCAAGAAGAGCAAUUCACCUAGUCACUCGUCGCCCCUUCAUCGAGAAGUCGGCAACGAUUCACCGUCUACUACCACCGCUACCAAGAACUCACCCUCUCUUCGAGGAAGUAGCACCACUGCACCCGGUACGAUCACAACGGACAGCGGACCAGCAGUCGCAUCGAGCGCUAGCGGAACUGGUAGUACGACUAUAGCUACUUCAGCCAAUUCUGCUGCAUCAACCGUCAACGCCCUGGGCCCUCCUGCGACAGGUCCCAGUGGCGGCUCACCGGCUCAACAUCUUCCGCCUCACCUCCAGGGAACACACCUUAACGCCCAGGCCAUGCAGCGUGUACAGCAGCACAAGCAGCAUCAGCAGCAUCAACAGCAGCAUCAACAGCAUCAACAGCUUCAGCAGCAUCAGUUCAACCCUCCACAAAGCCAGCCACUCCUGGAAGGCGGAAGCGGUUUCCGUGGAAGCGGAAUGGAGAUGACCUCAAUUAGAGAAGAGAUGGGCGAACAUCAACAGGGCUUAAGUGUAUAG